AUGUCGCUCGAUGAAGCUCAAGUGCUCCGGGACGCAGCCUUCUACCUUCGCCAACUGGAAGAGGGCUGCAGUAUUGAUCAUCAUUCCAGGCUACCGGCUCCAAUACGGGAAUCAAGUGUGCAGGAACAUAUUUUGGAGCCUCAUCUUGAGUCUGCAUUGAAGCCGACUGCUUCGGCCACAGGUGACGUAAUUGACCAGAGCAGACCAACUGGCAGCUCGCGACAACACACUGUGGACAAUGAUACGACUCAGCUUGCACUGGAUGAUGACAAUGGGUCUAUCUUUCGGGACAACCCACUAGCGGACAAUGACUAUACGUUUGCAAAAGCUCCUGAUGGAAGAUACUUUUAUAUGGGUCCCUCCUCAUCAUGGUCGUUUUGCCGUCGAGUAUUGGCCUUGAUCGGAAAACAUGUCCCAGAAUCCAACUAUCUGCCUGAUCCAUGGCAUCUGGACGGGGUUGCAUUUAAAUUGCAUUGGACGUCCCUGAGGAGUGACGAGGUGCCGGACACAACGAACUUGCCCCCGCUGGACUACGCACUGUUUCUUUUCAACACGGUCAAGUUCUAUUUUGGACAUCUAUUCUACAUCAUCGAUGAGCCCGGCUAUCUCAACCACUUGCAGGAGCUGUACAGGGAUCCCGCGACCAAGGCAACAUCAUCAAGGCUUUGGUACGCCCAAUACCUACUGAUACUGGCCUUUGGCAAAGCAUUUGUCGUACAGAGUAGCUCGCAAGAGGGACCAUCUGGAUCUCAGUAUGCUUCUAGGGCCAUGGCCCUACUACCGGAUCUGUCUGGAAUAUACUGCGAGCCCCUCGAUUCAAUCAGAGCACUCGCCUUAGCUGCACUAUAUUUCCAGUCGAUUGACAUGAGAGUGGCGGCUUUUCAGCAUAUUGGACAGGCGUUGCGUGUCUGCAUCGUCCAGGGCAUACACCGGCAUAUGCCCGAAGACGUCGUCGGGGCAGAGCAUUCUCGCUUUUGCAACCACGUCUUCUGGGUGGUUUACAUUAUUGAUCGGGAAUUCUCUGCCCUCAUGGGUGGCCCAACGUCUAUCAGGGACGAGGACAUUACUACGGAACUCCCUUGCCAUCAUGAUCAUUCUCUGGAGGCACUCAACAUGACGCUCCAUAUCCGACUGUCUCGCCUCAUGGCGAAUAUCCUGACCACGGUAUAUGGAGUGGGGAGAGACUUUGAAGGUUCCCUUAUCAAAAACACCCAGUCAAUUCUGCGGCAGCUCGCUGAGCUGUCUAAGGACUGUGUGGUUUUGACGACGAGGCCUCUGGUAAUGUGUGCCCUGCACAUGCAUAUCGAGCGGCCUGAUACCCAAAAGUCCCAUUCUAUUCCCUUAACACCCGCUGUCGCCUCCCUCAUUCAGUCAUGCGUCGAUUCUGCGCAAACGGUGCUGCGUGUCCUCCGUGUCAUAGGUGAUGAGGAUCUCCUAGAAGCGUUUCUGCCAUUCCAACUCGAAGACGCAUUCUCCUCCGCCUUUCUACUCCAUUUAAUCCGCGUCGUGGCACCUUCUGUUCUGCACGAUGACUCCUGGUGUGGAGAUAUCCAAUGUAUUCUGGACAAAAUGAUCUCAAAGGGGAGCUCGGUAGCGCCUCUCCGGAAGCUCGAACUCACCCAGCUGGAGCAGUUGCUGACGCCGUUGACGCCCGCCUAUGACCCGCUAAUGGUUCCCCUGCAGAUGGAUGACACGGCAGACAGAGCUGGGGGGCUCGCGAUGACGAGUGAAGAGCCUGGCUGGGACUUUUUCGAUACGGACAUGACUGUGGGGAUUUCGCCGACGCAGCUGUUGGAUCUGGCUGCUCAACUUGACGUGGAUGGCCGGGGUUGA